AUGAUAUUAACAUCUAGGUCAUCAAAUACAUUGAGAACACCGCUAAAAGCAUCAUUAUCGCCUUCACUGUUCUCUCAAAUUAUUGUAAUAACACCAACUUAUCGUCGGCCAACAAGAUUAGCCGAUAUGACAAGGAUGGCAAACACAUUAUCACAUAUCAAAAAUUUAUAUUGGAUUGUUAUUGAAGAUGAAAAUCAUAAAGUAAAAGCUGUUGAAAAGUUGCUCAAUCGUACCGCUUUACCGUAUUCAUAUUUCCCAGCCAAAACACCACCAGGUUAUCCACGUCGCGGAUGGUAUCAACGGACAAUGGCACUGCAAUAUUUACGUAAUAAUUCGGAUUUAAUAAGUGGUGAAUCAACCAAAUCAGUUGUUUACUUUGCUGACGAUGAUAACUCAUAUGAUAUUCGAUUAUUCAAUGAUUAUAUAAGGAAUGUACAAAAAGUUGGAAUAUGGGCUGUUGGUUUUGCCGGAGGCGCAUUGGUCGAAUCCCCUGCAGUUGUUAAUGGAACAGUUGUUGGAUGGAAUGUGGUAUGGCAUAAGAAAAGGAAAUUUGCUACUGACAUGGCUGGUUUUGCGGUAGCCUUAGAUAUUGUGCUUAACUCAACGGCAGUGUUUGGUAAAUCAUGCAAUCGCGGUCUCGGGGCACCGGAAACGUGUUUUCUUGAAGAUCUCGGCCUUCAGAUUCUUGAUCUCGAGCCAUUUGGCUUCGAAGAGAAAGAACGUGAAAUCUUGGUAUGGCAUACUAAAACUGUUAAAGUAACUCUCGAUAAACGAGUUGCAGAUACGAAUGGUUUUUUUGUGGAGUAA